CAAAAAGAACAGAUCACCGAUUCACGUCCCUUAGUUUUACGAUCCCAUCUCUCUCUCUUUGUCUGCCAUUUCUUUCUUCUCUCUUUCUCCCAUAUGGUGGCAUUGUCUGUAUCCUAAGUUACAUUAACAUUAAUUCUUUCUUUCCCAACGAGAAAGAAAGAGAAAAACAAAAGUACAGCUCUGUUUUCUGUUUGGUAAUUGGGAUUUUACAAACCUGACAAAUUGUCUAUAUAUUUAUAGGCAUUGUAGAGCUUUACAUUUGAGGGUACAAAAAUACCAACUUAUUAAUGUGUUCACUUUUUUCACAUUUGGGAGCCUUUACUUUCAUUCUGUCUCCCAGGUGCUUCUGCAGUUAGGAGAAGUUGGGGGGAUUCAGUUUUACCGCAUAACACAAAAGAUUCGAUUUACUAAGGAUGAGUGGAGCUGUGCUUGUUGCACUUGCUGCUGCCAUUGGCAACUUGUUGCAAGGAUGGGACAAUGCAACAAUAGCAGGAGCUGUACUUUACAUCAAGAAGGAAUUCAAUUUGCAAACUCAGCCAACCAUAGAAGGGCUAAUUGUUGCUAUGUCACUAAUUGGAGCAACCGUGAUCACAACCUUCUCUGGACCUGUGUCUGAUAUGCUUGGGCGGCGUCCAAUGCUUAUUAUUUCAUCUGUCCUUUAUUUCCUCAGCGGAUUAGUAAUGCUGUGGGCUCCAAAUGUUUAUGUGUUGCUUCUAGCAAGGCUGUUGGAUGGAUUUGGUAUUGGUCUUGCUGUAACGCUCGUUCCAGUUUAUAUAUCUGAGACUGCCCCACCAGAAAUAAGAGGGCGUCUGAAUACCUUUCCUCAGUUCACUGGAUGUGUUGGAAUGUUUCUCUCAUACUGCAUGGUCUUCGGGGUGUCGUUGACACAAUCACCAAGUUGGAGGCUAAUGCUUGGGAUUCUCUCAAUUCCUUCUCUUGCUUAUUUCUUUUUGGCUUUGUUUUAUUUGCCUGAAUCUCCAAGGUGGCUUGUUAGUAAAGGUCGGAUGAAAGAGGCUAAACAAGUUUUACAGAGACUACGUGGCAGGGUUGAUGUCUCCGGUGAAAUGGCCUUGCUGAUGGAAGGCAUGGGUGCUGGAGGUGAAGUGUCUAUAGAGGAGUACAUAAUUGGUCCGGACAAUGAACUUGCUGAUAGUCAGGAGCAUGUAGAAGAGAAGGAUCGGAUCAAGUUGUAUGGAGCUGAAGAGGGGCUUUCGUGGAUAGCCAAACCUGUGACUGGACAAAGUACUCUUGGUCUGGUCUCCCGUCAUGGGAGUGUGGCGAAUCAAAGUACUCUUAUGGAUCCAAUGGUCACUCUAUUUGGCAGUGUUCACGAGAAGCUACCAGAGAUGGGAAGUAUGCGCAGCAUGCUCUUUUCAAAUUUUGGCAGCAUGUUCAAUGUAGCAGAGAAUCAAGUUAAAAAUGAAAACUGGGAUGAAGAAAGUCAAAGGGAUGGUGACAAGCAUAUGUCUGAUGCUUCUGGGGCAGAAUCUGAUGACAAUCUGAGGAGCCCGUUGCUCUCACGGCAAGGGACAGGUGCAGAAGGGCCUCCAACCUCAUUAAGCAUGAGACAAGGUAGCAAUUUCACUACUGCAAAUGGUGGAGAACAAACAAGUAUGGGUAUAGGUGGUGGUUGGCAGCUAGCAUAUAAAAAAGACGAGAAAAAAGAAGGAGCACUCAAAAGGAUUUAUUUGCAUCAGGAGGCUGGUUCUGGAUCACGGCGUGGGUCCAUUGUUUCUCUUCCAGGUUGUGAUGUUCCUGCAGAAGGUGAAUUCAUACAUGCUGCUGCUUUGGUGAGUCAGUCUGUUCUUCGAACAGAGAGCAUAUUGGCUCAACAGACUAUUGAGGAAGCAGUAGAAAAAUCUGAACCUAUUACAAAGGGCCCAGGCUGGAGAGCUCUUUUUGAGCCAGGAGUCAAGCACGCUCUCAUUGUUGGAGUUGGAAUUCAAAUACUUCAGCAGUUCUCUGGUAUAAACGGGGUUCUCUAUUACACUCCUCAAAUUCUUGAACAAGCAGGAGUAGGAGUUCUGCUAUCAAAUUUGGGUAUUGGUUCAGACUCAGCAUCUUUCCUCAUUAGCGCCGUCACUACUUUGUUAAUGCUUCCCAGUAUAGGCAUUGCAAUGAGACUGAUGGACAUUGCUGGCAGAAGGUUGCUUCUGCUGGCUACUUUGCCUGUUCUGUUGGUGUCACUGAUCGUACUAGUCCUAGGCAACGUAAUUACCAUGGGUGCUGUCACGCAUGCUGUGAUCUCCACCAUUAGUGUUGUGGUCUACUUUUGCUGCUUCGUCACAGGCUUCGGUCCAAUCCCCAACAUCCUCUGCUCCGAGAUAUUUCCCACCAGUGUCCGUGGCUUAUGCAUCGCUAUAUGUGCUCUCACAUUUUGGUUUGGAGAUAUUAUUGUCACCUACUCACUCCCCGUUAUGCUAACCUCUAUCGGACUUGCUGGUGUAUUUGGCAUCUAUGCUAUUGUAUGUGCCAUUGCUUGGGUCUUUGUUUUCCUGAAGGUUCCUGAAACUAAAGGCAUGCCCCUUGAAGUCAUUACAGAAUUCUUUGCUGUCGGUGCUAAGCAAUCUGCAAAAGAAUAAACGCGCUGGAGAUCUCGAAAUUUUGUCUGAUUAUCCUUGCUAUAAGUGUGAGGUAUGCUAAUUGCUAUGUGAUUAACUGUACUAGUGCUUCACCGCGAAAACUACGAAGAUAGUGCUUGGUUGCUCAAAAGAAAUAUAAUCGCUUCAGAGAAUUCAGUUAGCUCUUAUGAAUCUUUUACUUUAUCCUCCUCAUACCUAGUGUUUCUGUUUGCUUCAUCACAAAUAGAGUUCUAUAGAUUUGGAUAUAAAUUUGUCUUAAGGCACUUUAUGAUGCUAAUUUUUGUUACAUUUUAUUGAUACACUCAUUAAUCUCGUCUUCCUUCCUUGGAAUUAUGAUCAUAAAGUUGGAUGCAGCAGAUUAUGUCA